AUGACAGAUGUUUUAAAAGCACUUAUAAUAGCGUCUGAAAAAGCUGCCGGUAUCGCUCGUUCUUGUACCGAAGCUAACGAGGCCUUACUCGUGACUGAAAAGAGUGAAAUCGAAGCUAAUGCGCGUUUUGCGAGAGAUUUUAAAACUAUAGCAGAUGUUUUGGCACAAGAAUGUGCCAAGGCUGAAGUAGCCAAAUGCCUUCCAGCUAUUUCCAAACAUCUUAGAGGUGAAGAACAUAACGAAAUUGGUGGAGUGACUAUUACUUUGCAGGAGACUGAAGAGAAAACGACAGAAUUACUUGGUUCUUUAAUUCCACUAUCAACUGCAACACAAAUGGCUAAAGCAGCUCAUGCCCAAGUAAAUCACACGUUUACAGAAGCACUUCCCAAUAUUCCUAUGCUCGAUUAUGAAGAUCUUGGUGUAUGGAUUGAUCCUAUAGAUGGCACAGCAGAGUUUAUAGCUGGAGUACGAGGAGAAGCUGAUGCUAACCAUGGUCUAUCAUGUGUAACUGUUUUAAUUGGAGCAUAUUUGAGAUCAUCUGGGGAACCAAUCAUUGGUGUCAUCAAUCAGCCAUUUUAUGAUGGCGGGAAUGGUCGUAUGAUAUGGGGUGUUAAUUAUAAGGGCACCCAUAAUUGGAAUGGAGGUGGCUAUAAAACUAAACCUGAUAACAAAACUGUACUCGUAAGUGGUGCUGAAAAAUCAGACAUCAUACAAAAAUUGAAAAGCUCAGGAUGGGAAGUAAAGAGUGUACCAGGUGCUGGAAACAAACUGCUCAAAGUAGCAUUAGGUGAGGCAGCAGCAUAUGUUGUCUCGCAGGGUACUACUUUUCGCUGGGAUACCUGUGCACCACAUGCAGUUUUAAAUGCAAGAGGUGGAGGACUUGUGAGUUUCACAACACACUGCGCCAUUACUUAUAAUGAUGCUGUAGAUCUUGAUACAAAAGAAUAUUGCAAUUCUGAAGGUAUCAUAGCUUGUGGCGAUCAAUCAACAUUUUCAAAAAUUCUUAAUGAUUUAAAUUAA